UAUGUGCGUGUGUGUGUUUGAUGACUGCGGGAAAUUGGCUGCCGUAUAUAAUUCGCAAAUAAAUCGCUGAAAAUGGCUAAAAAGAAAAGUGAAGAGCAUUCGGGAGCCGAUGCAAACGAUAGCGAUUACACUGAGGAGCCAAACUUCGAUGAUCCUCCCAAUUUUGUGGACAAUAUCAGCGAUGAAGAUUUACUUGGAGACAUGCUGGCGCAACGCCCAUCGGAGGCCGAUGGUGUCGAGAGUGUCGUUGUGGUCGACAACAUGCCAAAAGUGGAACCGAGCCGCCUCGAGAAACUAAAAUCGGUUAUCAACAAGCUGUUUUCUCAAUGCGGUGAAAUUGUCAACGUUGUCUAUCCCGUCGAUGAAGAGGGCAAGACAAAGGGCUAUGCGUUCAUGGAGUAUAAGACCGCAAGCCAGGCUGAGGAUGCGGUCAAGAAGCUGAACAACCAUCGUCUGGACAAGAAUUACACCUUUGCUGUCAAUUUGUUUACAGACUUCCAAAAGUAUGAAAAUAUACCGGAGAAGUGGGAGCCGCCAACGGUGCAACCUUUCAAGGUACAGAGCGAUCUGUACAAUUUCAUAAACGAUCCCGAUGCCUACGAUCAGUACUGCGUGGCGGCAGAGACAGCGCCCAAUUGCGUGCAGGUUGGCUUCUGGCAGAAUACUCUCCCAGAACCUAAUGAGCUAGAGACGCGUGAACGUUUUACUGACACUUUUGUCAAGUGGUCUCCGUUGGGCACAUAUGUGGUCACCUUUCACAAACCUGGAGUCGCCAUUUGGGGAGGCAGCAGCUUCCAAAAGAUUCAAAAGUUUCCGCACCCUGGAACUCAAUUCGUUGAGUUUUCGCCCUGCGAAAAUUACUUGGUUACGUAUGGUCCGACGCCCACCGGCCAAAAGAUCAUCAUUUGGGACAUACGUACCGGCACUGAGAAGCGUUCCUUUGUGGGUGAUGGGAUGUCAGUGUUGUCAAUGUUCCGCUGGUCGCACGAUGACAAAUUUGUGGCACGCAUGGGCGAAAACUCGAUACACAUUUACGAGACACCAUCGUUUUAUUUGCUGGAUUUAAAAUCUAUCAAGAUUCCGGGCAUACGCGGCUUCUCGUGGUCGCCUACGGACAACGUAAUUGCCUACUGGGUGGAAGAACAGAAUCAGAUACCCGCACGCGUGACGCUAAUGGAGAUUCCCAAAAAGCGGGAGACACGCAACAAGAACCUCUUCCACGUGGCCGACUGUAAGCUUCAUUGGCAAAAAUCUGGCGAUUAUCUAUGCGUCAAGGUUGAUCGCUACUCUAAGUUGAAGAAGGACAAGAAGGAGCUGGAUGUCAAGUUUCUGGGCAUGUUUUACAACUUUGAGAUAUUUCACAUGCGCGAAAAGGAAAUACCCGUGGAUUCGGUGGAGAUACGCGAGCUAAUCCUCGCUUUUGCCUGGGAGCCCAUAGGUAACAAGUUUUCCAUUAUACACGGCGAGCCCAAUUCUUCGAACGUUAGCUUCUACGAGGUCAACAAGGGUGUUAAGCCAAGCUUGGUCAAACGCCUGGAGAAGAAGUCAUGCACUCAUCUGUUCUGGUCGCCACGUGGUCAGUUCAUAGUGAUGGCCAAUCUUACCAUGGGCACCUUUGAGUUUGUUGAUACAACCAACGAUUACAUCAUAAGCGCAUCACCGGAUCACUUCCGCGCCUCCGAGGUAGAAUGGGAUCCAACUGGUCGCUAUGUCGUUACUGGCGUCUCGUCUUGGAAGGUCAAAGAGGAUACGGGCUUCAACAUGUACACCUUCCAGGGUCGCAUCAUUAGGCGCACCAUUUUGAAGAACUUCGUUCAGUUCCUCUGGCGCCCGCGACCGCCGACGCUUCUCAGUGAAGAGAAGCAGAAGGAGAUAAAGAAGAACCUGAAGAAGUACUAUCCUGUAUUUGAGCAGAAGGAUCGCCUCCGCUUGACCCGUGCCUCCAAGGAGCUGCUCGAGAAGCGCUCGCAGCUGCGUGAGACUUUCAUGGAGUACCGCAACAAGCGCAUUGCAGAGUGGAAGGAUCAGAAGAGCCGUCGCGUCAUGCUCAGAGGGCAUGUGGAUACGGAUAAUUUGGAAACUGAUGAAGUCGAUGAGGAAGUUGUUGAAUUUUUAGUCAAGGAAGAAAUAACCCUGCUAGAGUAGACGACCCCCAAAACUGCGCCCACGUCCUCCCCCUGUUUUCACAUUAAUUAAAGCUGGUGGCUCAGACUUGCGACGCAACGUGACAACGUCCCGGCAACCUCCACUUGUCGGGAUUCUUCUGCAAACACGUAUCGCGUCAUUAAUAUUGCAACUAAGCGUAACCAUAUUAAAUAGCUUGCGUUACAUACAUAUGCACACAUAUACAUACACCUAUAUCUAUAUAAAUUUGAUCCUUAAGCACAAAAGUAACGUCACAUAAUUUUAUAACUAAAGUCAAGCUCACGAACAACUUUAUAACUGGAUAGAAUCGAGCACACCCAACAAACAACAUGUCCGAGACCACAUUGUCAGCCAUUAGAAGUAAAUUUGCAUUGUAUUUGUAUGUUAACAGCAAAAAGAAAAGGAAAGCGAAACGGCGUGUAUAUUUAAAUUUUUAAUGAGGGCGGGCGGGCCAACAACUCAAACUGAAAUAAAAGCCAGUUGCCAUUCGAA